GGGAAUGGAGCUAAGGAUUGGGGGCCUAGGGGGCUCCCAGGGCUGAAGACAACUUUCGAUUGCCAGGAGAAGGAGUAGGGAGUUGUGCAACCUGGCUCGGGCCUCCGCUGCCCAACAUGGGCCCCGGGUUCCAAACUUUGCGAAGUUGGGCGCUAAGGGGCCGGGGCGCGCGGAGCGUCCGGGGGAAGCCGGCCCCGGACUCGUGGGGUACUCAGGUCGCCUGAGUCGCCUCCGUGGCCCCCAGGGUUGUGCGUGUGGCCCGGGGGCUCCGGGGAGCGGGCAGGGGCGCCCGGGGCUUCUGCUGAGUUGGCGAGUUUGGCCAUGGCCGCUGCCCGCCCAGCGCGGAGGCCGGAGCUGCAGCUCCUGGGGCUGCUGCUGCUGCUGCUGGGGGGCCUGGGUCGGGGGGCGGCCCUGAGCGGGAACAGGACCGGGCCUGAGUCGCGGAUCGGUGGCGGGAACGCGAAGAGGAGCGCGGCGGUAACCGGCCCUCCAUCCCUGCUGAGCCACUGCGGCCGGGCCGCCCCCUGCGAGCCACUGCGCUCCAACGUGUGCCUAGGCUCGGCGCUGCCCUACGGGGCCACCUCCACGCUGCUGGCCGGGGACUCGGACUCGCAGGAAGAGGCGCACGGCAAACUCGUGCUCUGGUCGGGCCUCAGGAAUGCCCCCCGCUGCUGGGCAGUGAUCCAGCCCCUGCUGUGUGCUGUGUACAUGCCCAAGUGUGAGAAUGACCGGGUGGAACUGCCCAGCCGAACCCUGUGCCAGGCCACCCGAGGCCCUUGUGCCAUCGUGGAGAGGGAGCGGGGCUGGCCAGACUUCCUGCGAUGUACCCCUGACCACUUUCCUGAAGGCUGCCCGAAUGAGGUACAGAACAUAAAGUUCAACAGUUCGGGUCAGUGCGAAGCGCCCUUGGUGCGGACAGACAACCCCAAGAGCUGGUACGAGGAUGUGGAGGGCUGUGGGAUCCAGUGCCAGAAUCCUCUCUUCACCGAGGCGGAGCACCAAGACAUGCACAGCUACAUCGCGGCCUUUGGCGCUGUCACCGGCCUCUGCACGCUCUUCACCCUGGCCACCUUUGUGGCUGACUGGAGGAACUCGAAUCGAUACCCUGCUGUUAUUCUCUUCUAUGUCAACGCUUGUUUCUUCGUGGGCAGCAUUGGCUGGCUGGCCCAGUUCAUGGAUGGUGCCCGCCGGGAGAUUGUCUGCCGUGCAGAUGGUACCAUGAGGCUUGGGGAGCCCACCUCCAAUGAGACCCUGUCCUGCGUUAUCAUCUUUGUCAUCGUGUACUACGCCCUGAUGGCUGGCGUGGUCUGGUUUGUGGUCCUCACCUAUGCCUGGCACACCUCCUUCAAAGCCCUAGGCACUACGUACCAGCCUCUCUCAGGCAAGACUUCCUACUUCCACCUGCUCACGUGGUCACUUCCCUUCGUCCUGACUGUGGCAAUCCUUGCUGUGGCCCAGGUGGAUGGGGACUCCGUGAGUGGCAUCUGUUUUGUGGGGUAUAAGAACUACCGCUACCGCGCUGGCUUUGUGUUAGCUCCGAUCGGCCUGGUGCUCAUCGUAGGUGGCUACUUCCUCAUCCGAGGAGUCAUGACUUUGUUCUCCAUCAAGAGCAACCACCCUGGGCUGCUGAGCGAGAAGGCUGCCAGCAAGAUCAAUGAGACCAUGCUGCGUCUGGGUAUUUUUGGCUUCCUGGCCUUCGGCUUUGUGCUUAUCACCUUCAGCUGCCACUUCUAUGACUUUUUUAACCAGGCCGAAUGGGAGCGCAGCUUCCGGGACUACGUGUUGUGCCAGGCUAAUGUGACCAUUGGGCUGCCCACCAAAAAACCCAUCCCUGAUUGUGAGAUCAAAAAUCGUCCCAGCCUCUUGGUGGAGAAGAUCAACCUGUUUGCCAUGUUUGGAACCGGCAUUGCCAUGAGCACCUGGGUCUGGACCAAGGCCACACUGCUCAUCUGGAGGCGCACCUGGUGCAGGUUGACCGGGCAAAGUGACGAUGAGCCCAAACGGAUCAAGAAGAGCAAGAUGAUUGCCAAGGCCUUCUCAAAGCGGCGGGAGCUGCUGCAGAACCCAGGCCAGGAGCUCUCCUUCAGCAUGCACACGGUCUCCCAUGAUGGGCCAGUGGCGGGUUUGGCGUUUGACCUCAAUGAGCCUUCAGCUGACGUUUCCUCUGCCUGGGCCCAGCAUGUUACCAAAAUGGUAGCUCGGAGAGGAGCCAUACUGCCCCAAGAUGUAUCUGUUACUCCUGUGGCAACUCCAGUGCCCCCAGAAGAACAAGCCAACCUGUGGCUGGUUGAGGCAGAGAUCUCCCCAGAACUGGAGAAGCGCUUGGGCCGGAAGAAGAAGCGGAGGAAGAGGAAGAAAGAGGUGUGUCCCCUGGUGGCAGCUUCUGAGCUUCCUGCCCCGACCCCUGCUCCUGCCACCAGUGCCGUUCCUCGGCUGCCUCAGCUGCCACGGCAGAAGUGUCUGGUGGCAGCAGGGGCUUGGGGAGCUGGGGAAUCCUGCCGACAGGGAGCCUGGACCCUGGUCUCCAACCCCUUCUGCCCAGAGCCCAGUUCCUAUCAGGAUCCAUUCCUCCCCAGUGCUCCAGCUCCAACGGCCUGGGCUCAGGGCCGCCACCAGGGGCUGGGCCCUAUCCACUCCCGCACCAACCUAAUGGAGGCAGAGCUCAUGGAUGCAGACUCAGACUUCUGAACCUUAGUAGCAGGACCUGGGACAGGAAAGAGGAACACACACCAUCCUGAGGCUCUUCUUCCUCCCCUGAGGGUCUUCCCUGGGUUCUCAUCUUCCAGAGAACCUGUGGGCCAUGUGCCCUCUUUGGGAUAGUUCUGUAUGUGUGGCUCAAGCAGCAGGACUAUAGGAAAGAGCUGAAUAUCACUGGUAGACCUCCUACUAGCUGCAGCAGGGCCCUAGAACUUGUAUCUUCAUUUCUACCCCACCAGCUGGUGGCAUCAGUCUCCAGCAGAGCUUGUGGUGGGUGGAAAUAGCAGAGACAGGGAUGAUGGUACAAAGUGGACUGUGGUGGCCAUGUCUGGCAGAGAAGAGCUGGCUGCUCUUUUCUGUGCCAAAGGGUGCCCUUUCUGGUACUCUCAGACCAAAAGUGCUUUUUUGUAUUGUUUGUUGUCUAAAUGAGGACAGGACUCCCUUCUUCCUCUUCCUGGUGGUUGUGAUGUUGGAAGUGAUCGUGGCUGUGACCUCUGUUAACAGAUGACUCUACCCAAACCCAUCCUCUGUUUUCCCAAAUUCUCCCCAUUACCCAUCUCAGUUCCUACUUCUUGUUCAUUGAUUAGGACCCAGAU